AGGACCGGCGCCUUCUCCUUGCUCUUUGGGGUCGUGGCCUUGCUCCUGCUGUGCACGGGAAGUGUGCGGGCACCUCCACGCGCGUAUGUGAGCGUGGUGCCUGCAGUGCUUGUGAGUCCUCGCUAGGUCGCUGCGCGAGCAGACGCGGGAGCCAUGGGCGGGACGGCUAGCACCCGCCGGGUCACCUUCGAGGCGGACGAGAAUGAGAACAUCACGGUGGUGAAGGGCAUCCGGCUUUCGGAAAAUGUGAUUGAUCGAAUGAAGGAAUCCUCUCCGUCUGGUUCGAAGUCUCCACGGUAUUCUGGUGGUUAUGGUGCCUCAGUUUCUGAAGAAGAAUUGAAAAGAAGAGUAGCCGAGGAGCUGGCAUUGGAGCAAGCUAAGAAAGAAUCUGAAAAGCAAAAACGACUAAAGCAAGGCAAAGAACUGGACCAGGAGAUGGCCAAUGAGCAGUUAACCAGAGCUAUUCUUCAGGAGAGGCUCUCCAGUGAGGAGGAACGCUCUAAGGCGAAGCACCUGGCUAAGCAGCUGGAAGAGAAAGAUCGAGUGAUAAAGAAGCAGGAUGCCUUCUACAAAGAGCAGCUGGCUAGACUGGAGGAAAGGAUAUUUCUAGAAGUGAAACUAGUGAGCCACAGUAUCCAUCAUGGAGACGCAUUUGGAACGGAUUGUCAUAAAUGGUACCAAUUUAUACUCUUCACUAGCAAAUGAUUAGGGAGCCUCUUUCCUCACACUGUCACUGACACUUGAUAUAUCUGAGUAAAAAGGCAAAACAAAAUAAAAAAGUAAAGAAAAAUAGCCAAUUUGAUGGGGAUAGAGCAAAAUGAUUUUGUCUCACAAAUUUUCUGUAACCUACAUGCCAGUCAUCUGUCCUUCAGACCUUUUGUUCAAUCAGGAGAGGAGAAUCAUUUCAGUUCGAUGAGAGUUUUACCUAGAACAUGAUAAAAGUCUUUUUUUAGUUUUGGCUUUGGUUGAGUUUUGCGUAGGUGUUGUUCUAAUAGACCUCUGGUAUGCACGAAGCCAGUUGGAAACUGUUACGGAUGGUAACGCCAUGCCUUUCACUUGCACCACCCCCAAGAUUGUCUUUAUGGAAUGUAGGUGGUGGAGGUCUGUGUUAAAAGGGGGAGCACUGUGGCUCUGAAUGAUGACUCUGAAAUGGUGACACAAGAAUUUUGUAAGCCUAGGGAUGAGAUGCUCUCGUGCAGCUUCGGACUGCUUUGUCACACCUGCAUCACGGAGCCCAUCCCCACUAAGGCCUUUGGCUCGUAACUCUGCUGAGGUCGCGGAGCAUGGUUUCCUCACCUUGUUCACCACGGGAUGUGAACAGCCAGGGGUUCUGAGACCGUCCGAGGUAUUCUCCCUUUCUGUGAACUGCUUAUUCUCUGCGGUGUUGGAGAAGCAUUAUCUCUGAACAGAUAGAUUUGAUUGAGUUUGGCGUUACUGCUCAGCCGAUGCUGAGGAGCAGAGCCAGCAAGUGUGUCAUGCCCCUGCACGAGUUCAAAGGUGCGGUCCAUUUUCAGGAAAGUACUUCUUAAGUAACUGUUCUGGAUCAGAGUGAAGUUAUUGGUGUUGGCCUCUAGUGGGUUGUCUCUGUCUCAUCUUGCCUAAACAUUUGAUGAAAUCAUAUUUUAGAAGUCAGAUUCUAGGUACAAAUGGGAAGAAGGCAAACUUUGUUUCGACCUCUCUGACCUCCUUGGUUAGGACCCCUUCCUUCUCUAGCACUUCUCUUUCCUCUCGGGGAUUACAUUUUUACUCAACACACAUAACUUUUGCCUUGGGAAACGUUGGUCUUGCUCCCACCUAUUUGGUUAACACCUUUUGAGGGACUUAACUGAUAAUAAGCUAACCAGUGCCAAGCUGCCAUUGGGUUGAUGCCAACUCAUGGCUACCCCACGUGUCCAGUAGAACUGCGCUCCUCAGGGUUUUCAGUGGCUGACUUUUCAAAAGUAAAUCACCAGGCCUUUCUUCCAAGGUGCCUCUGAUUGGACUCAAACCACCAGCCUUUUGGUUAGCAGCAAACACGUUAACCGUUUGCACCACCCGGGGACUCCGGUAAUAAGUGAAAGGGUAUUGUAUUAGCUCAGAGUCUCUCAGCCUGCAUUCUAAGGUCUUCUCAUUACCUAUGAGAAUCGUUACAUUUUGUGUUUUCAUUUCUACAAUCAAAAAUUGUUAAUGUAAUUGUAUUUUUAGUCUGUAGGAUGGGUCCUCCAAGUUGAGGAGUGCUCGAUUGAGGAUAAAGGAGCAGAUGUUUACGUGCAUCCUCUAAAGUAAGGAUUGUUGUCUGCGGCUUUCUGCUUAGGUUUCCGGGAGGACCCCGUGUGCGUGUGUGCUUGCGAGUGGAUGUCUGAGCAGAUACAACAGAGAGUGUGUGUGCGUGAGAUUGAUAAACUUCCUUUCCAGGCGAGACGAUGGGAGACAAGCUAGGGUAGAAUGGAGAGCCAGCCUGUGAUGAGUUGGCGAUACAAAAUAUGAUGCGCCUGUAUAAAGCCAUCCAGGGGCUGUGUUGUUAAAUGUGUGCACAGAGCAUCACCUCACUGGGCACUUCACAAGGAAGACUUACAACCUUGAGAGGGACUGUGCCACCUUCCACAGCCUUCAAGAGAAGGAGAGGGUCAAGGCGGGUAACAUGCAGUAAUUUGAGAGAUACUCUACAGGUCUUGCAAGAUGUCACGGUAAAUUGUCAUGAUGACCCUUCUGAUAACUGUGAAAUUGCUUUAUCUCACCACUGUAGAAGAAACAGUGAGAUACACACUGUGUCAGAGCAGAAAAGCCUCAGGUGUGUAAUACAGAAGACCUAGAGGUGAGUGGAGAAUGGGUGUCACUGUUUUAUAACAGGCAGAAGAGCGACAAACAAUAGGAAGAUUUCAGACCUUUCACUGCCAUUAUUAUAGACAGGAGUGAUAGUGAGAAAAAAAUGUUACCUUAUGUUUAGGGUAAAUGGGAAAACGCAAUAUGAGCAUUGCAAAUGGGAGCCUUGGGGUGGGAAGGGACCAGAGAGUCUCUCUCCCAGUGAUGGUAAGUUACCUUCAUUGCAUGAUAAGGAGUUAGGUGCCAUGCCUGGUGGAGACUAAGGCAUAAUCAGUUUCCUUAUAAAAAUUAUACAAGCCUGUGGUAAAAACUUACAUUGUUACAGGAGGCCAUUAAAUAAAAAAGGAAAAUAUACCUCCUCCUCACUUCUCCUUUCCAGGGAUAACACUGUCUCCCCUCCAGAACGUUCUGCCUCUAGGUGUGCAGCAUGUGUGUGUGUGUUUUUCAGUUUAUAAACACCUGCUCUUCAGAUUAUUUUCCAACGUCCUCUUUUUCGUACUUCUUGAACCCCUUUCCAUAUCAAUACAGGGAGACCGCCCUCUUCCUUGUAGGGUCAGAGGAAAGGUUUCCAAGUAGAGAAAUGAAGCUGGAAUGAUCUGACAAGAAAAGCUAGAGAAAUUAAAAGGACAUUUUUAAAAACAGCUAAUUUAAGAGUUGAAUAUGAAGGGUAGUUAUGUUCUUCAGAAAAAUAUGGGGCCCUGGAGACUCAUUAGAAAAACCACUCCCUAGAAGCAAAAACUUUCAUAAAGUGAUCUAAUAGCACUGUAAUUCCUUCCUAACUAUACAUUUAUUGGUAUGAUUUUAAAAUUUAUGUCCGUCUCCCCCGCAAAGCCAUAAGCUCCAUCCAGGGCCGUGCAAAUGUUUGCUCACCAUGAUGUCCCCAUUUCCUGAGCUGGUGUCUGGCACAAGCCUUCAGAAUUUGUAGAAUGAAAAAACGAACAAAUAAAAGGAGACUGAGAAUGCCAAGUGCUUGCUGGGUGCAGUUGUUUAUUUAAAUUGCUCAGAAGAGGAACCUGAGGCGCGAGGUAUGGAACUGAGGUUAUCCUUGAAUAGUCACGGGGCUGCCAAUGAGGCUGGGAUUCCCACUCUAAUUAGAAAACUAAAUCAAGAAAAAAAAGCUGAGACUAAUUAGUGAAGUUUCUGAAGUACCUGGAAUAAAACAAGAAAUACCAGAAGAAACUCUGAAUAGCUCUGUUUCUUUACAUGCGAGAGAAUAAAGAUGAAAUGAAAAGGUAAUUAUAAAAGCAGUUUAUUAAUUUUGCCAAGGUACCCAGGAGACAGUGGGGUUUUUCAUGAAAUGUAGCUUCUUGGAGAUGGUAAGAUUCGACGCUAGAACUAAGUGUAGUUUUAACAUUUUCUAAUUAUUCCUAUUCCUUGUUGGAAAGGAGAGGGGCAGAAGGAAACAGAUUCCAGACAGGUGGGAGGAGUGAAUGACAGCAAAGGAGAAGGGUGCUCCUUCCUUAUGGGUCAGCGAUUCGUGAAGUGCACAGAAAACAAGCAUGACAGCGCUGAGAGAAGGUCCGACCCGGACUAAUUUGGCUGUGUGGAAAAAAAAAUUUUUUUUUUUUUAUCCUAGAAAUCUAAAUAAUGGCUUUAAUUAGAAAGAAGUUCAGUUUUUUCUUGUUUAAUAGAAGUCUAGAGGUGGGGAAUCCAGGGCUGGUAAUGGUCUUCAUGGUGUCAUCAUGGACAAGGCGCCUAUCCUUCCACUCUAGAUCUAGCACUGUGCUUCCCUCUAGCACUUGGAACUCAUGUUCUAAGAUAGCUGUUGGUUCACCGGCCGUCACACCUAUAGUGCAGACUGGAAGAAAGACAAAAGGCAAAAGGACUGAAAAGACUCUUUCCUGGCUGAGGUAGCUCCUUUUAGCUCCUUGUAAGCAACCUUCUUUGAAAUUUCACCCAAUAAUUCUCUGUACGACUCACCUAGCUGGAGGCAGACCAGGAAUGUCAUCUUUCAGAUUGGUUGACGGUAGUACAUAUCCAGCUAAAAACUGGGGUCACCUAGGGAGGAGGGAACAAAUGGGUAUUGGGGUAAGCCACUGGUUCACUAGUCUUUUCCUUAGAGAAUCUUCAUUUGUCUUUACUACAGAAAUUCAUGGUCAGGAUUUUUGAUUCAUUAGAAACUGCUAAAGAAAUAAUUUAUUAUUGAUGACCGAUGACAGGGGUUUGAAAAAAUAGGGCUGAGAAGAAUGAAGAUACAAUUAUGGUUGUAUGUAAGUGGUUGUUAGUAGAAGGCUAGGGGUAUGCAGGAUAAAUACCCAGGCUUUUGAGUUUAUUGUUUGCACAAAAUGGACAUCAAUACUGAGUGUUAGAAACAUAGAAAUGCCACUUGAAUUCAUUACUUGAUCAUUCCUUGGGUCUGUGUGUAUUUUUAUAGGGAUUAACUAGGGAGCCCAGGGUGGUUGGAGGGGGUGUGUUGUGAUGGAGUACCUCUGCCUUCCACGAGGAGAAACGAUUUUAUUGAACACCUGCCAUGUGCCAGGCUCCAUGCCAAGCACCGAGCUUGCCUUGGCCCAUUGAUUCUCACAAUCACCCUGAAAGGUAAGGUCCUCGUUUCAGAUGUUAAAAAGCGAGACUCCCUUUAAAUAACGCAGCAAUUCCUUGGUGCGGCUUUUGGGAACAGGAUACUGGAUCUGAUACACCAUGGAUCUGAACCGGUGCUGGCACUUUGCAAGCUAUGUAAAUAUUAGCUUUGAUUUUCCUGUCUUGUGGGUAGCAUUCUCUUGAGCAGGGGGUGGGAAAGGGAUGGAAAGGGAUAAAAGGAGAGAGUUGGAGACAAAGGAAUCAAGCCAUGUGCUUAAGAAGUUCCACAAAUGAAAAGUGCUUUAAGAUGCUAGCUGUUCAAGGCCUGCUUUUCUCACUGAGUGUUAUCGGAUCCCCUCCUUCUGCCGCCCUACAACAGACUUUAGAAUGUCCCAGGAGCCACACCGAAGGCAAAACUGAAACCAGCCAUUAGGGUUUCUGGAGAAGUAACUGAAUCUGCUGAACAAGUUUGGACCAUAAGUAAUUUUUUUUUUUAAUUCUAUAACUCUUAAAAUGAUUGUGGUAAGAAGCUAGUUGUACUGCAGAGUCAGUCUCUCGGGUCUUUCUUUCUGUAAGCCAUGGGAUAGUUCGGGGGCAUGAACCCUUCCUGGCUGCCUGAUGCCAUCCAAUAGCUGAGCGCUUCAGGGCUCCCAGGCCUGGAAUGGUAUCCGCACUGCAGUUAAUACAGCGUUAAAACGAGUCACCAAAAGCUUAGUUUUCAUCUUAGGGGACAUGUACUUACCUGCAUGUGGCUGGCUACAUAUUAUAACAUGGUUCCUGGGCGAGCGUUAUGCCAGAAAGUGUCAAUAAAGACUGUUUGGAAUCUAGCUACUUAACAAUAGGAAUGUGCUUACUGGCACUGUCAAUAGGAAGGCUUCUACUGGUGUUUAUACACAACAGACUUGAAAUAGGGCCAGCUCAGUGGUAGAAUUCUUCCUUCUGUGUGGGUUUGAUUCCCUGCCAGUGCUCCUCAUGAGCAGCCCUCACCCUCCCUCGGUGGAGGCUGGCAUGUUGCUAUGAUACAGAACAGGUUACAGCAGAUCUUCCAGACUAAGACAGAUGAGGAAGAAAGGCCUGGCAACCUAUUACCAAAAAUCAACCUGUGAAAAUCCUACGGAUUAUAGUGGCCCAGUUGGCAGCCAGUCUUGGGGAUAGCAGAGGACUGGAACACGUGUUAUUCUUUUUGUGCUUGGAGUUGCCGUAAGUCGGAGGCCAUCUUGACGGCAGCUAGCAACAACAAUAACAGCCCUUGAAUCGGCUAGCCACAGAGUGCCUGAUGUUUGUGUUUGGGUGGGUUACAGGAGAGAGAGAGACCCACAGUUGUUAGUGGUCAUUCUGGAUUAGCUUAGAAAGGGGAAAGCCACACCUCCAGCCAGCCUGCUGAGUCCGCUGUCUGACACCCAAGGUCAGACUCCCCCCUUCCUCCAUCCACUCUGUGCCAGACGUCAGCAGAGUCGCCACAGGCCUUGAGUGGACAGUCAGCAGGAGUGUUAUCAGAAUGUUAAAUAGUGUGCCUCAGCUCUGGGUGUUACAUAAUUGCACCCAAGUCUCUACAGGAAGCAUUUUGUAAAAGAACUGCAGGAGCUAGUUAAUGAAUUUGUCUUAUGACCUCGCUAGUGUGUUCUUUUCUUAUGUGCUACAAGGUGUGGCCAUCUUAGCUGUAAUAGAAGAGAAAUAAGAUUCAGAAUCUCAGAAAAUAUCGCAAGAACUCUGUGUGUGUGUUUUGUUUUUAUCUAAUUUAGAACUUGAAAACAGAUACUUUUCAAAUCCAGUAGUAGCGUGUGUCUGUGCAUGUACGUUUUAAUGUAUGCUCCUAAAGGGAGACUUUCUGAAAGUGGGAACCAGCCGUGUGUCACACAUUCACUACCGUGGACCCCAGCCAGCCCAGAGAAACUCGGGACUGAGGCCCGCUCCUGUUGAUUCUGUUUCCUUCCUAUGCUGUCUGAAAACCUUGUUCUGUGCUAUCAGAGUAGCAGAUGGGUAAAUCCCGCUACACACACGCACACACCCCUGUGACUAGACGUUGAAGGGAGAUUGGAAGGAGAUACCGGAAUACUUCCAUCUGAAAUCAGCCACAUUGUUUCGUGCAUGACCUUGUGUGUCACCUCAGCUAUCUGUGGCAGGUUUGAUGCAUCAACUCAAUAAACACCUAUUCCAAACUCCUCUUUCCUUGCCUUUCUUUACUCUAGAAGCUAAAAAUCAAUACUCAAUUUCCCAGCCUCUCUGCAGCCAGGGUUGUACCUGAUAGGUAAUUCUGGCCAGAGAUGUCUGAGGCAGACUUCUCUUCCCGUCUUUACCUUCCCCUUCUUCCUUCCUAGAACGUGGGCAUGAUAACUGGUGGUGCAGCAGCUGUCUUGACACCAUGAGGACAAAAGCCAGGUGCUAAGAUGGCUGGAAAGGAAUACAGAAAAGGCUUGGUUAUUUGAUGAUAUCCUUGAGUAGCUACUGAUGUUUCCUGGGAUUGCCUAUACCCAGACUUCUUGUUCUAUGAGAAAAAUAAACCCCUUACUUGAUUAAGCUGCUGUUUGUAGCUUAGCCGUUACUGUACUGCCAUUGCAACUGAACAUAAGCAAUAUCCAUUGCCUUUUUGUGUGGAUUAGCAGACAAAAGUCAAUUUAUAGGCGACAUAAUGUAGCAUUGUAUCUUCUCCAACUUUAAUAUUAUUCCAUUUACUUUAGGCUUGUCUCUAUCCCAUUCUGUUUUAAUAAGAAGAAAAUUUAAUGUGCAGCUUAGAGUUAAUGUUGUCACUCCAGCAUUAAGUUGUGUGUGUCAGGAUUUUGCUGAGUGCUCCAAGUAUAAUGAUGACUAGGAUGAGAUACCUGCCCUUGGGAAGCUUAUGGAAGAGUUGAGGAGGCCACACUUAAACACAUAUUGUCAGUACAGCGUGGUUAAGUGCUUUGAUAAAAGUCUGUGGUGUGAUGACAAUAUGAAAGGCAUGAGUCUGCUUUUGCUACAUAUCAAACCACCCAAACCUCAGUCUUAAGACGUCCACCAUUCAUUGAGGUCUUAAUUCUGCAGGCUGCCAGUUACUGGAAACCUUGGUGGCAUAGCGGUUAAGUGCUACAGCUGCUAACCAAAAGGUUGGCAGUUCAAAUCUACCAGGCGCUCCUUGGAAACUCUAUGGAGCAGUUCUACUCUGUCCUAUAGGGUCACUAUGAGUCGGAAUUGACUUGACAGUAGUGAUUAGGGGCAACCAUUGAGGUUAAGUAACUUGUUCAACUCCACAAGGAUAGAGCGAUAAUUUCAACAGUCUGGAUGUGGUGUCCAUGUUCUUAACCACUAUGCUGUAUUGGUCAUUUAAAAACAAAAAAACAUUGCCAUCAAGUCCAUUCCAACUCAUAGUGACCAGGGCUCCUAGAACGCUUUCAGUGUGGAACAUCUUGAGGGAGCAGUAUUCUCUGAAAGGCUGGGAUAAAGAAAAGUCUAACCACUGUUGAAAUAGAAUCUCACACUUCUUGAUAUGCAACUGUUUUUUGCCCCUGACUAAGAGGUGCCCACUAGGUGCAGAGUGCUGUGGACAUCUUAAUCAUAUAACUUUUAAGUGAAACAUGUUAAAAAUUGCUCACAGUAAACCGUUCAGUCUCCCCAGCUCAGCUUCUUGCCUGUGGUUUUGGUAAUUGGUCCCUGGUGCCCUAGACUGGAAGACGUUCUAAUAUGGAAAGUGAAAAUGUCUAUUGUUUCCAGUGAUGCCUUGUCCACUAAUAUAGGUGACAGAAACAUCUCCCAGAUGGAGAAGUGUAUUGCUAUUUUGGAGAUAGUUCACCAUCUAAGGAUUCCUGUUUCAUUAUCUUUAACAAAGACAAGUCCUUAUCAGAUUCUUUGUAGUGCUAAAGCCUCUAAAAAAUAUCAUUCUACUUUGAAUUUUUGAGGUCUGCCUUCUCUGAGAAAACAUGCUUUAUGCUUGUAUCAAAUAAUAAUAAUUCACAUUUUCAAGGAGGAAAUGAAUAAAUCAGCCCUUUAAGAGUUGGUUUAGAUCACAUUUACCCACCACAAAUCCAUAUCACCACUGGGCAAAUCCUAUUAAGUACCUUUCCUGUUAUUGAUGGGGCAGGAGACCAUGCAGACCGAACAAGAACGGAGAUAAGUCCCUAGGUGGCACAAACAAUUAAGUGCUUGACUACUGGCCAGAAGGUUGACAGUUCGAGCCCACCAGGCGACGCCUUGGAAGACAGACCUCGUGAUCUGCUUCUGAAACCUUGCAGACUUGAAAAACAGUUCUUUUCUGACACACAUGGGGUCACUAUGAGCUGGAACUGACUCAGUGGCAACUAAUGACAAGCGUACAGGGCCUUACAGACAUAGAAGCAAUACGCCCUCAUGCCACGAAAUGAUCAUUCAUUGAAAGAGCAGCUUGUAAGAUCAUCAGCACCUUUUAGCUCAUUUGUUUUUAUCUUCUUUUUAAGGUGGUCACUCACCAUACAGUGUGAGAACUUAGAGUGUCAACAAAGUUGGAAGGGGAUACGUACAUACCUUCUUUGGAAGUAGGAAUGUGGAUGUUACAUGUUUGAAGCACAGACCAUACAGGUCUUGAGAUCCAGCUGUUAGACAAUUGCUCUUCUAUCUAGGAGUGCCUGUUCAGACUAGGAGCCUUGCUUUACUAUUACGCAAGGUGCAAAGCCAGGGUUCUCAGAGCAGUUUGGGGUGGACCGGUGAGUUGCUGACAGUGUGGUAGCACCACUAAUUAGGAACACCUUUGUAAAGACUGAGAACUAUCACAUACUGGAGGAGGACACUAAGGAAAUGUGACAGUUAAAUGCAACAGGGGAUCCAGGAUUGGAUCCUGAAACAGAAAAAAGACAGUGGAAAACUGGCAAAAUUUGAAUCAAGUCUGUAGUUUAGUUAAUGAUAUUAUUGCAUUGUUAAUGUCUAGGUAUGGUGAUUGUACUAUGAUUAUCUAAGCAUUAAAAUCAGGAACCGAUGGUACAGAAGGAAGAAGUCCAAGCUGCUCUGAAGGCAUUGGCGAAAACAAGCCUCCAGGAAUUGGUGGAAUAUCAAUCGAGAUGUUUCAACAAACAGAUACAGCACUGGAGGUGCUCACUUGUCUAUGCCAACAAAUAUGGAAGACAGCUUCCUGGCCAACUGACUG